GGCAGGGGGGUUAUGCGUACAAGGGAGAAGGCUGGGUGCCAGGAUGUGGGUACUGAAGCAGAGGGUGAGUGUGCAAAGUAGAGGGGCUCCAUGUGGAAGGGAAAUGCUUCCUGGGAAGAUGGGUGUUCAAAGGAGAGAUGUUGAGACUACUGGGGGUACAAACAAGGGAGGUUCACAAAAUGUUCGCGCAAAAGAGGGGUGUGGAGUUUGUAAGGGAGAGGGAUAUUUGCAAAAAACGACGUGUAGGAAACGGAACGGUCCGCCGCAUACAAGGAACUUUGAGACAAUGUGGCUGGAGGUAGGGGGCCUACUGCAGAGGACCUGUGGACAGCUGGGCCGGACUAUUGGUUUGCCUUGUGGGGCCCUGGGGCUUGGGCCCCGCCGCUGGGGGCCAUUUCGGGGUUCUUGGGCCCAAAAGCUUCAUCAGGAUGGGCCUGGCAGGGGGCUGGGUGAGGAGGACAUUCGCAAAGCACGGGAGGCCCGGAUCAGGAAGACACCCCGGCCCCAGCUGAGUGACCGUUCUCGAGAACGCAAGGUGCCCGCCUCCCGCAUCAGCCGCUUGGCCAACUUUGGGGGACUAGCUGUGAGCCUGGGGCUGGGGGCACUGGCUGAGGUGGCCAAGAAGUCCCUGCCGGGAGGAAAUCUACAAUCAGAGGGAGGCUCCUGGCCGGGAUCCAGCCUUUUCCUGUCGGAGGCCAAUGCCGAGCGGAUUGUGCAGACCUUGUGUACAGUUCGGGGGGCCGCCCUCAAGGUUGGCCAAAUGCUCAGCAUCCAGGACAACAGCUUCAUCAGCCCCCAGCUGCAGCACAUCUUCGAGCGGGUCCGUCAGAGCGCCGACUUCAUGCCACGCUGGCAGAUGCUGAGAGUACUUGAAGAGGAGCUCGGCAGGGACUGGCAGGCCAAGAUGGCCUCUUUGGAGGAGGUGCCCUUUGCUGCUGCCUCGAUUGGACAGGUGCACCAGGGCGUGCUGAGGGAUGGGACAGAGGUGGCUGUGAAGAUCCAGUACCCAGGUGUUGCCCAGAGCAUCCAAAGCGAUGUCCAGAACCUGCUGGCGGUGCUUAAGAUGAGCAUGGCCCUGCCCGAGGGCCUGUUUGCCGAGCAAAGCCUGCAGGCCUUGCAGCGGGAGAUGGCUUGGGAGUGUGACUACCGUCGUGAGGCGGCCUGUGCCCAGAACUUCAGGCAGCUGUUGGCAGGCGACCCCUUCUUUCGGGUGCCGGCCGUGAUUCAGGAGCUGUGCACAACACGGGUGCUGGGCAUGGAGUUGGCCGGAGGAGUCCCCCUGGACCAGUGCCAGGGCCUGAGCCAGGAAGUCCGGAACCAGAUCUGCUUCCAGCUCCUGAGGCUGUGUCUCCGGGAGCUGUUUGAGUUCCGAUUCAUGCAGACGGACCCCAACUGGGCCAACUUCCUGUAUGACGCCUCCAGCCAUCAGGUGACCUUGCUGGACUUUGGUGCAAGCCGGGAAUUUGGGACCGAAUUCACAGACCAUUACAUUGAGGUGGUGAUGGCUGCAGCCAAUGGAGACAGAGACCAGGUCCUGCAGAAAUCAAGGGACCUCAAAUUCCUCACAGGCUUUGAAACCAAGGCAUUCUCAGAUGCCCACGUGGAGGCAGUGAUGAUCCUGGGGGAGCCCUUCGCCACCCAGGGCCCCUACGACUUUGGGGCUGGUGAUAAUGCCCGCCGUGUGCAGGGCCUCAUCCCUGUGCUGCUGCAGCACCGGCUUCGCCCACCGCCUGAGGAGACCUAUGCCCUGCACCGAAAGCUGGCAGGCGCCUUCCUGGCCUGCGCCCGCCUCCGUGCCCACAUCGCCUGCCGGGAUCUCUUCCAGGACACCUACCACCGCUACUGGGCCAGCCGCCAGGCAUAGCCACUGCCCAAAGCCUCCAGACCAGAGGGGACAUCUGCUCAGACCCCUCAAAGAGCCUGCAUCUCGGGAUUCUGGCCCCAUAGCAGGCCAUCUCUGGCUAUGAGGCCUUCUUCCCACUCAGCUUCAGGUCUGGGGACCCACCUUGGGCUUUCCAGUCUUGCUCAAGGGAACCCUGGGACUAGGGAACUCCCAGCUUCAUACCCCCAUAUCCUGCUCUCCCCACUCCAAAGUGGGGAUCCAGAAACUCUACCCAGGUAGUAAUUUAUUUCUGCCAACAAUUGAGAGAGCCUUAGGCCCCUGUGCACACCAUCAUAGACAGCCAGACUCCUCAAGAGGAGAAGCCCCUCACCCCUGCCUUGGGUCUCCCACAGAUGUGGCCAGUGAAAGGGGAGGGAUGGUGGUUGGUGGAGGCAGCCCUCACCUUUGCCUCCCUCACCCUUCCACCAGCUGCCUUCUCCCAGUUCCACCCUGUGUGUUGGGGAGGGCUUGAGGGGGGCAGUGUUUGAAACUUCAGUCCUAAUAAAAGUGACCCUCCCCUUC